AAGUAACACAUAUUAUCCAAAAAAAAAUAAGACAUACAAACACGAUGGAACUGAGGACAAGACAAAAAAAUGAGCGUUGUCUUAACAACACUUGGACAGGUUUGGUGAAGUUAUAUAGUUGAUUCGUUUCCUUCGUAAACAUCGAAAUCAGAUUCCUUUUACCCAAUUUUUUUUUUAAGCUCUCUCUCUAUUUCUCUCAUAUUUCUUCUUCCCGUUUCCUCGGUUUCAUCGUCAACAAUGGCGUCAUUGUCCGUACCUUACGCCAAGAUCUCAGCCUCAAACCGUCGGGUAGGAUCAAUUCCUGGAAUCCGACGGCAGCCACAACUCAAUGCUGUCUCCUUUCCCUCGGAUGUAUCUCAGACUCAAUCUACAACUUGGAAGUUGCGUGCGACAACCAACGAGGUUGUCUCUAACUCUACCCCAGUGACUAACGGUGGGUGCUUGAACGGGAACGUGAAGAGCAAUGUUCCUGAAUCCGCUGAACUCUCUGACUUUAUGGCUAAAGUUUCAGGUCUUCUUAAGCUUGUGGAUUCAAGAGAUAUAGUGGAACUUGAACUGAAGCAGCUUGACUGUGAGAUUGUUAUUCGGAAAAAGGAAGCUUUAGCUGCACCACCAGCUCCAGUCUAUCACUCUAUGCCUCCUCCAAUGGCAGGCUUUCCAAUGCCUCCAUCUCAACCAGUUGCUCCUCCUCCUUUUUCUCCUAGUCCCUCCUCAGCCCCUGAAACAGCAAAACCAGUAACCCCACCUUCCUCUUCACAUCCUCCACUCAAGAGUCCUAUGGCUGGUACUUUCUACAGAUCUCCUGGUCCUGGUGAACCUCCUUUUGUCAAGGUUGGAGAUAAGGUGCAGAAGGGUCAAGUUGUUUGCAUUAUUGAAGCUAUGAAACUGAUGAAUGAGAUUGAGGCUGAGAAAUCAGGAACCAUCACUGAACUACUAGCUGAAGAUGGAAAACCGGUUAGCGUUGACACGCCUCUCUUUACCAUCGUGCCUUGAAGCGUCAUUUUAGCUGGUUCAGAACAUCUUCAGAGUCUUGGUUUAGCUAAUACCGACGUGCUGAAAAUCAUUAAAGUAAUUGUUUCGGUCAUGUUGGUUUGGUUUGUUCGUUUUUUGUUUUUCCUCACCUUUUGUAUGAAUCACGUGUUCGUUUUUUGUUUUUCCUCACCUUUUGUAUGAAUCACGUGACGUAUUAAUAUUGCAUGUUUUUAGGAUAA